CGKAAAUCAAGAUGGCGGAUGGCAGCAUCCGGAUGAUGAGCGAAGGUUUAAUGGUUGUAAUUUCUUGAUAGAACUAAUCAGAAUAUGGCUGCUCUUCCAACACAAACAUUAUAAACUUAAUUAAGCUACAACUUCCCCUAUCAUGCUGAUAUGGCCUUAACUGAAGAAAGCACAUUUCGAAUUCUAGCCCUUUGUGACUAUGACCCCAUACAUGGUGGAGGACCUAAGAUAGAAGAAGCACUGUUAGAGGCACCCAAGACAGCAUUUCAGUUGUCAUUUCGUCAAGGCCAGAUUUUUGAAGUUGUUGGGAGUGAUGCAAGUUGGUGGUUGUACGUUAAAGGGAUAAGUGGUCAAGAUGAGGGUUAUGUACCAAGUGCUUGCUUUGCACCAAUUAGGAAAGACCUUACAACAGACGAGAUUAAAGAAAUAACAGGGACAGUGUUAUCAUGUCAUAUCAACUUAGAUGCCAACCUUUACUACUUUCCAAAUGCACCAAACCCUAAACAUCCUGGCACUAAAAGAUGUCCUGAAGAGACUGCAAAUUUCCUCUCUAAAGCAAUCUAUUGGUGGAUAAAUCCUUUGAUAAUCAAGGGAUACAAGAAGCCUUUGGAAGCACAAGACUUGUGGUCWUUGAAACAUCAAGACCAAUCCUACAGGAUAGUACCAAGAGUACAGAAAGAAUGGAAGAAAGAAAAAGUGAAAAGUCAAAGGACAAAAAAGCUUAAUGUUCCUGCAGACACAGAAAAGAUUCAGCUUAACUUAGGGCAUGAUGAUGCUAAUCCGCCUCAUGAAGCACACCAUGGUAAAAAGCCUUCAUUAUCCAAGGCACUCAUUGGUGUUUUCUUUCCUUACUUUGCUUGGGGUGUAUUAUUUAAACUCCUCAGCAACAUCUUGAUGUUUGCACAGCCGCAAUUUUUAAAGUUACUGAUAGAGUAUACCACUGACAAGUCCAGUCCAGAAUGGAAGGGAUAUGUAAUUGUGGUUGCCAUGGUGAUAACAGCAAUCUUUGAAUGCACAUUUUCCCAGCAUGCCAUUAAUGUGUCAUUUGUUACUGGAAUGAGAGUAGGCACAUCACUGAUGGGUCUUGUUUACUCAAAGACUUUGCAGCUGAGUAAUUUCUCAAGAAGCAAGUCCACAGCUGGAGAAAUCUUGUCCUUGAUGUCAGUCGAUACUCAAAGAAUAGUAACUCUUUGUAACUCACUUCACAGAGUAUGGUCCACUCCUCUUGAAGUUUGUGUUGCUAUCUAUUUUCUGUACGUUGCCAUGGGUGUAUCAACUCUAGCUGGUGUUGCCGUGAUGUUAUUGCUUAUUCCUUUGAACAUUGUUAUCAGUCGUGUUGCUCGUCAGCUUCAGAUUAAACAGCUAGGUCAGCAAGAUAACCGAGUCAAAACAAUCAGUGAAAUGUUGAGUGGAAUUAAAGUAUUAAAGCUGUUUGCCUGGGAAGAAUCAUUCAUAAAUAAAGUCCUAAGAUUUCGUAUCAAGGAGAUAUCAUACAUGAUGCGCAGCAUGUACUUGACUGUCACUCUAUUUUUCUUCAACUUCUGUACUCCAAUGUUGGUUUCCAUGGCAACGUUCUUUGUUUACACCCUAACAGGCAAUGAACUGACAGCAACCAAGGCAUUUGUUGCCAUUUCAUUGUUUAACAUCCUCCGCUUUCCUUUAUCAAUAUUUCCAAGAAUCAUUGCUAAUCUCAUUCAGGCACAAGURUCUUUGUCUCGGCUGUCAGAUUUUCUUAAUUUAGAAGACAAGGAUAAACAAAAUGUCCUUCAUGAAAUGCCACAAAAUAUCAGUACACAAGCUCUUCAUAUAGACAAUGGAUCCUUUUCUUGGACUAAACAAGGAGAACCAGUUUUAGAAAACAUUAAUAUGAAUAUACCAAAUGGAUCUCUGGURGCAGUGGUUGGUCAAGUAGGAUGUGGAAAGUCUUCACUUUUAGCAGCUCUUCUYGGGGAAACUGAAAAACUUGAUGGAUCUGUGUAUGUCAAGGGAACUACAGCAUAUGUACCCCAGCAAGCUUGGAUUCAGAAUGCUACUUUACAAGAAAACAUCUUGUUUGGCAAGAGUCUUGACAACAGACGUUACAAAGAUGUGAUACGUGCAUGUGCUCUUCUACCUGACCUCAAAAUCCUUCCCUCAGGGGAUUUGACAGAGAUCGGUGAAAAGGGAAUCAAUCUAAGUGGAGGUCAGAAGCAGCGUGUGAGUCUUGCCAGAGCAGUGUACUUUAAUACCGAUAUCUACCUACUGGAUGAUCCCCUCAGUGCAGUUGACUCACAUGUAGGCAAACAUCUAUUUGAUAAAGUGAUAGGACCCAGGGGACUUUUGCAGUUGAAGACACGCAUUCUUGUCACACACAGUCUUCAGUUUUUACCACAGUGUGAUCAAAUCAUUGUUUUACAGCAUGGAAAAAUCUCUGAGGUUGGUACAUAUUCAGAGUUGAUAUCUAAUCAAGGAGCCUUUGCUGAGUUUGUAAAUACACAUAAAACAGAUAACAGCUGCUUACAGAAGGAACAACAGAAACCUUCAAAACAAGACAAGAUUGCAGAACCUGCCAUCCCAAUUAUAAAGGAAACUCCGAGCUCUGAGUUUAAAGAUGUAAGCCUAACAACCCGAAAAGUGACAAGCUGUCAUCAUUUAAGCAGGCCUGAAGAUUCUGGGGAACAUUUGAUGCUCRGCAGCAACAAAGCAAAGAGUGAAGCUAAUAUUGAAUAUGCAGAACAUUUACCACAUCGCCCUCAUAGUCCUUUGCCUAAACAACUAAGCAAUGAUAUAGAUGACAUUGUAUCAUGUCCUGGUGAUUUGGACAUGGCUUCUAAUCCAUGUAACCUAGAAGAAGAAUCAGCUGAGGACAUCAAAAAACCUCGCAAACUAGCUUCACUAAAAGAUGAGGGAGAUGACGAUGAAGAUGAAGAUGGCACAGAAGCAAAAGAUACAUCUAAAUUGACCAGAAGUAAAUCAGAAUCUUGUGAUGAACAAGGCAGAAUUACGACCACAGAGAAGUCUCAAAUUGGAAGGGUAAAAUACUCUGUCUUCAAAGCAUACUCCAAGUCUUUGGGCAUCUUGCUUUUUGCAGUGAUAAUCUUUGCUCUGUUGCUUGCUGAAGCCUUUCUUGUUGCRUCAAGAAUCUGGUUGGCUGAGUGGAGCUCAACUAAUGUCACUUCCACUCAACAGCGAAAUACCUUCAUUGGUGUCUAUGGUGGACUUGGAAUGGGGCAGGCURUAUUUGUAUUAUUAGGCAGUUUACUGCUGGUUUGUGGAACUGCCAGGGCCUCAAGAAGACUUCAUAAUAACCUUCUCACUAAUGUCCUCCAUGCUCCAAUGUCAUUCUUUGAGACCACACCAACUGGAMGAAUCUUGAAUCGAUUCUCUAGAGACAUGGCUAUGAUUGAUGACGGCAUUCCCAAAUCAUUUCUUCUGUUUGCACGGAUGUUCCUUUCUGCUAUUGGGACUAUGGUCGUGAUCAGCUAUGCCACUCCCGUUUUUAUUGCSUGUGCAAUACCAAUUACUAUACUUUAUAUUUUCAUCCAGAGAGCAUACAUAGCAACGUCACGUCAGCUGAAGAGGAUUGAAUCAGUGAGYCGUUCACCAGUUUAUAGUCACUUCUAUGAAACCAUCACAGGAACCACGGUAAUCCGUGCAUUUGCACAGCAAAAACGAUUUGUUCUGGACAACUAUUACAAAGUAGAUGCCACUCAAAUUGCUAAUUAUCCUGCUAUUUGUACAAACAGAUGGCUGGGUUUAAGGCUUGAAUUCAUUGGUGCUUCCAUUCUAUUGUUUGCUACUAUAUUUGCUGUCAUCUACCGUGACUCUUUGCCACCUGGUACUGUUGGAUUGUCAGUCACAUAUGCAUUACAGAUAACAGGUGUGUUGACAUGGCUGGUGCGUCAAUCAAGUGAACUUGAAACAAACACUGUAGCUGUUGAAAGAGUCAAAGAAUAUACAGAAGUACCUACUGAGGCUGAUUGGAUAAUCCAAGGCUAUCGUCCUCCUGAUGAGUGGCCACAAGAAGGCAGGAUUGAUGUACAAAACCUGGGAAUUAGAUACAGGGAUGGACAACCAUCUGUGCUUAGAAAUCUCACAUUCAAAGUUGUCAGUGGUGAAAAAGUUGGAGUAGUAGGUCGUACUGGAGCUGGGAAAUCAACKCUAUCAAUGUCUCUGUUUCGUAUACUGGAGCGCAACAUGGGCAAGAUUGUCAUUGACAAUAUAGACAUUGCAAAGAUUGGUUUACAUGACUUGAGAUCAAGACUUACCAUCAUUCCACAGGAUCCUGUCUUGUUUUCUGGCUCUAUUCGUAUGAAUCUUGACCCUUUUGAUCAGUAUGACGAUGAAGAGCUUUGGCGUGUGUUAGAAGUUGUCCAUCUCAAAUCAUUCAUCUCUGGUCUACAAGAUGGCCUUCUACAUUUUGUCCUUGAAGGUGGUGAGAACCUCAGUGUUGGUCAAUGUCAACUCCUAUGCCUUGCAAGAGCCUUACUGCGCCAAAACAAGAUUCUUAUACUAGAYGAGGCAACAGCUGCUAUUGACCUUGAAACAGAUGAACUMAUCCAACAGACAGUGMGGACAGAGUUUGCAGACAGAACUGUACUUACUAUUGCACACMGACUGAAAACAAUCAUGGACUAUAACAGGAUUAUGGUCCUUGAUCAAGGUACAUUAGUAGAGUUUGACACACCAUCAGCAUUGAUUGCUAAAAAAGGAGUCUUCUAUCAGAUGGCUAGAGAUGCAGGACUAUCUUCAUAAUUACCUAAUUACGCAACAAUAGGAAGUUUUUUUAAAAUAUUUACCUAUUAAACUACCAUAAUAUUACCAUUUUAGGUAACUUGAUAAAAAUUAAAUAUACACACAAAUUAGGAAAAAAAGCAUACAAAGCAGUCUAUUCUUUGGAUUAAGCUCAUGUAAGAUACAUUAGUAUGCUGUUUGACUGUGAACAAUCAAGCUAUUUUUAUAGUACCAGCUACACACAAGUCAUGGAUUGAUCUGUUGAACUGAAUUAUUUGGGCUGGUCCAAAUAUGACUUUUAGUGCAAUGCAAUUACCUGUAAGAACAAUAUAUAACCCUGGCCUGGCCGCUCAUAUCAGUUUUCAAAAUACUUUUUAAAAGAUUUUUAUACAAUCAUGUCAUAUUUCUAACAUGCACUUAAAUAAAUCAUAUUAUACAUUUAUUAAUAUAUAAUUAUUAUCAAUCUAAAAUAAAAUGUUUUUUAUAUAUCAGGCUAAUAU